AUGUCCGACUCAAAGAAGAAGCUGGCUUUGGCCAUCAUUGACUUCCUCAACACCUCCCUCAAGGAUGGCACUCUGCAGUCUGACGACUCCGAAUCCAUUGAAAUCGCAACUUCAUGCAUCGCCGAAGCUUUCCAUGUCGACCCUACCGACAAGACCGCCAUGACCCAAGCUCUGGGUGGACAGAACUUGCUUAGCAUCUACGGCGUGUACGAGAAGCUGAAGGGCAAGAGCACCGCCAGCACUGAGGGCCCCAGCAGCGCUAAGGAGGGCCGUCCUUCCACUCCUACCGGUUCCUCCAAGGGCGCCAACGAGAAGUCGAGUGCACCCACUGCCGACUCUGAAUCACUCAAGGCUCAGGGCAAUGCUGCUAUGCAGAAGAAGGACUACGCUACCGCUAUCGACUACUACACCAAGGCCCUCGAGAUCGCCCCUUUGAACACUAUCUACCUCUCCAACCGUGCCGCUGCCUAUUCCGGUGCUGGCCAACACGAAUCCGCCAAGAAUGAUGCAGAGCUCGCUACUGCCGCUGACCCCAAGUACACCAAGGCCUGGAGCAGACUCGGUCUCGCGCGCUUCGCUCUCGGAGAUGCUCAGGGAAGCAUGGAGGCAUACAAGGCCGGUAUUGACGCCGAGGGCAAUGGAGGUAGCGACGCCAUGAAGCGCGGUUAUGAGACCGCCAGAAGAAGAGUUGAAGAGGAGGGUGGUCUGACCGACGAAUCUUCCCGCAGCGCCCCUGGCGGUGGUGCCGGUGGCAUGCCUGACCUUUCAUCCCUUGCUGGCAUGUUCGGCGGUGGUGGUGCGGGCGGUGCAGGCGGUGCUGGCGGCAUGCCCGACUUUGCCAGCCUCAUGCAGAACCCCAUGAUGCAGCAGAUGGCUCAGAACCUGAUGAAGGACCCCAACAUGAUGAACAACCUGAUGAGCAACCCUCGCGUCAGAGAGAUGGCUGACAGAUUCGGUGGAGGUGGUGCUGGCGGUGCUGGUGGCCAGGGUGGCCAGGGUGGCGGCAUGCCUGACCUCUCGAGCUUGAUGAACGACCCCAGCAUUGCUGAGAUGGCAAAGAACUUCAUGGGAGGCGCUGGAGGUGCAGGUGGCGCCGGCCGUGGUGGCAGAUAA